AUGACGAAAAAUCAAAGUAAAGGCAAAAAGACGGUUACGUCUAUACCAAAGUCAGCGUCUGCGAUGAUGGAAGCCGACACUAAGCCGCGUAUCUUUACGAUCGCCGAUCUCUACGAGACGGUCGCCAUCCCAGUCUCCGAGCCGACGGUGCGCAUCAGCCCGUCGAAAAAAUUGAUCUACAGCAACCCCGGUGGAGACCAGCAAAUCGCCACCGCAUUCCACCAAUCACGUAAGCUCAAAUUCAAGAACAAUGCCUUCACGACCCGCACCAACGCAUCCGGCUCCAAUAGCGGCUCCAAGAACAUGGUCAAGAUUUACAACACCAUGAUGUCCAAGGGUGUCUGGACGCUCACUGCGGCCGAUAUGGAACGCCAUAUUCGAGAACGCGAGGAAUACUUCCAAACCCACGGUCUCGAAACCGAAGCCGAGGCAAACGAAUAUUACCUCAUGACCUCCCCGAUCCUGUUCAAGUACAGUGAUCAGUCGAUCAGUGAUGAAGAACGUCUCGAGUGUAUUCGGGAAUACUUUGAAGCUGUGGGUAUUGAUGCUUUGGCUCUUACACCAGCGGAUACCGCAGCAGCGUCCAGCAGUGGAAGCACCGUCGUCAACUACUCCAUGAACUCGCACGGCUACGGUCUCACCGAGGCAGAUUAUCACUGUCGAAACUGCGACAAUGGUCGCAUGGCGAUGACCGACGGGUUCCUCGUGUGUACCACAUGCGGCUUCACCGAGAAUGGGACACUGGACUACCAGAUCACAUUCAAAGACACGCUAGAAAUGAACAACCGCCAGGCGUUCAGCUACAAGAAAAGCAACCACUUUGCCGAGUGGCUCUCGAGCAUCCAAGGCAAAGAGAGCUGCAGCAUUCCCGAGUAUGUCAUCCAAGGCGUACGCGAUGAGAUCUGCAAAGAGAAAUGCAUCGACCUGACCAAGCUCAACGGCACCCGCAUCCGCGCAUAUCUCCGUAAGCUGGGCUACAAUAAAUAUUAUGAGAAGUAUCCGAGUAUACUAUUUAUACUUACAAACAAACCGCCCCUGAAACUCCCUCCGGAAAUUGAGGCCAAGAUGAAGAAUAUGUUCCGCCAAAUCCAGGAGCCCUUUGAGAAAACCAAACCCGCGAUCCGCCGCAACUUCCUCUCGUACAGCUAUGUCUUGCACAAAUUUUGCGAGCUGCUCGGCAUGCCUGAAACGGCGAAACAUUUUCCUCUGCUCAAAAGCGCCGAGAAACUCCGAUCGCAAGACUGCAUGUGGAGAGCGAUAUGCGAGGAGCUCGGAUGGGAAUUCAUCCCAAGUCAGUGA